UGCAUUCGCAAUCUUGGUAAAUCAAUAUUUUUAAAUAUUUUUGCCAAAUUCACUGUCCCUGGUGCCCGUAGACCGUCCGUCCGUACUGGGGUAGUUGUCGUCGAAAACGUUAAUGUACCUCCUAUAUUGACCCUCGAAAAUUAUGAAAACUUUCGAACAAAUGCAUACGUAACGAUAGAAACUUAUGCUAGAAAACAAAAAUCUAUACUUCCACCUGGGGAGGUUGCUUUUUGCCGGACUGUUGAUCCCGCGUCUGCUCUCGCGCUGGAAAGGCUCUCUACUAAAAUAAAAAAUAAGUUGAAUCGCUUGUUAGUAAAUGCCGACAUACCCGGUGCUGAAAUGCUCGGUAGGGUUAACGAUGCAAAGGAUUUUGAUAUUUGGUUUAAGGAUUUAGUUACUAUGAAUGAUUCUUUGAUUGACGGUGUGAAUGCAUCCUUGGAUGAAUUAACCGGUCGUAGUCAAAAAUUCGCGAGUUCUACAGCAGACGCAUCAACAUCAAUGGUGGCACAAGUUAGGGCUAAAUCAGGGGAUAUCAACAUCGUAUACUCUCGUAACAUUACUCGACCACAAGCAAAAUUCAAGGAUAAAAUCGACAAUUCUGGCGCGCCAUUUAUUCCUAAACUUCCAAAUAAACCGAACGCAAUUGUACCACUAAAACUGGACGGUAUUGAAGAAGGAUCUGUGUACCCUCAUCCGUACCGAUACGAGAUAACUCAUCUCACGUACCCUUCAUUCGUUUUUGAAGAGAAGGUGCCAAUACAUUCUCUAUCCCUUGAUGCUACCCCACUUACUUGGGUUGAUACAUUAGAUGGGCUAACUGUUAUGUGCAAGAAAUUAGAAGUGUCUCAAGAAAUUGCUGUGGACCUUGAGCAUCACGAUUAUCGAUCAUAUCAAGGUUUUACUUGUUUAAUACAGAUCAGCACGCGAGAUGAGGAUUUUAUUGUGGAUGCUUUGGAAUUGAGACAUCAUUUGCAUGUGCUAAAUAAUUCUUUCACAAACCCUAAUAUCUUGAAGGUCUUUCAUGGUGCCGAUUUCGAUAUUAUUUGGUUACAAAAGGAUUUUGGUGUUUAUGUGGUCAAUUUAUUUGACACUAAUCAGGCGUCUCACCUUUUAGAAAUGCGCUAUCAUUCCUUGGCAUAUUUGUUAAAACACUAUUGUCAAGUGGAUGCAGACAAGAAAUUUCAGUUAGCAGAUUGGAGGUUAAGGCCUCUUACAGAAGAAAUGAUAAAUUAUGCUCGUUGCGAUACACAUUAUUUAUUAUACAUCUAUGAUAGGAUGCGUAAUGAAUUAAUUCAAAAUUCUGUCACCAUGACUUAUAAUUUGUUAAAAGUUACGCUUGAUCGCUCUGCCGAGAUUUCACUCCAAUGUUAUGAAACUUUUCGAUAUGAUCCUAGCGGUGAAGGCCCGAAUGGUUAUCAGAAGUUACUAGCCAAAUGGAAUCAUCCAUUAGAUAGGCAGCAGCUUGCGGUAUUUAAAGCACUUCAUUCUUGGAGAGAUAAUAAAGCCAGAGAAGAAGACGAAAGUUUAGCUUACGUCCUUCCAAAUGAUAUACUUUUUACACUUUCCGAAAAAAUGCCAGAUGAUUCCAAAGAUAUAACUCAUUUCUGUAGAAAUAUAGUUCCUCCACUCGUUCGAGAAAAUACUCUAGAGCUGGUUAGCCUGAUCGUUGAUGCUAAAAAUAAUGUAUUAAAUUCACCAAGUAUAUUUGAAAGCCAACCUAUGAAAAUUGAACGUGACAUAAGAAUUGCAACGUCAAAUAAUGAGCCAGUUCUCAAUUCUAAAAAUAUAAAAUGGGUUUUGGAUAAAUCUCAUCCCAAAUAUAAUGCUGACGACUAUAAAGAAAAAAAGUCGGUAUUAUUUGGUGACUUUUAUAUUGAGAAUGAAAUGAACGAAACAUCGAAAAAGAAAGUUUCCGAAAUUCUCUCGAAUCUUACUUUUGCGCUUCCUAUACUUCCUAAAUCAAUUUCAUACAACUCUAAUCGGGACAGUCAAAAAUCUAAACCAAUUGAUGAAAAUUCACAACCGAUUAUAUUUCCUGUGGAACAUAUUUAUGUGCCACCCGAAGCAAGGAGUACGAAGUCAAAAGGAAAAGAACGGGAAGUAGUUGUUCUAUCGCAGUCAAUAUCAAAGAAGCGCCAAAGACGGGAGGAUGACGUAGAUGUAACAAUACUUGAUAAAAAUGUUAGUGAAAAAACUUUCGUUACAGAGACUGUUACUCCUGCGAAAGCUGAGUCAUCAAACAGUACAAAUAUGGAUACGUCAACUAUUGAUGCAUCGUUAACUAAAGCUGAAAGAAGGGCUCGAAAGAAAAUGAAAGCUAUUGAAUCGGCCAAUCAAAAAGCAUCUAUAGAUUUCACUGAUCACACACGAUUGCCUUCACUUGUAUCUGAAAUUUCUAUUAAUCCAUCACGCCUCGAUUUUGAGGUAACUAGGUCAACUUUAACUUCUACAGAAUUUCAACAAAAUGAUGAAGAGGAUAAAGAUAAGAAAUGUUUUAUCAUGUAA